AACAGAUAGACAGUGUAACAGAAGUCUAUUUGAAUUAUAAACAGAGAGCGUAUUUGAAAUAACUAAUCAGAUAUUUACAAAUUAUAAUACUCAUUUCUCGAUAGAAAUGCAAUCAAAAGUUAUUGAAGGUGAAAGUUUAACUUACAUUUAUACAAAACAAUGCUCCAACCGGCGUUUCGGCAGCCAUUUUAUUUUUUCGAGCUUGAUUCUGCCCGACCAAUAACCUCCCUCGCAUGUUGUUAUGGAAACGACACACUACUGGCUUGUCAUUGGUUAGCUGUGAAAAGGAGCUUGACGUUUUUUUUUUUAGAAAAGUUGUACUUUUACAACUAAAAGUUGCCGGCGCUGGUGUUUAAAAUAUGACGUUUUUUGAAAACACAGUUUACUCCACAGGAUUAUAAUGUAAAACAGAUGCUAGCAGCUAACAAAUGAAGUCAAGUGUGAACACGGACUGCUUUAGUCAUUCUCAUUUUAUCAUUUGUGUUUCCUGGAAAAGUCAUGCGGGUCUGAAACUACAUCUUUUGACAUGCUUUAAACUCCUUGAAUAAAGGAAUACUUCUUCUUUAUCUUUACUCUUAUUGUGCUUUGCUUUUUACAUUAAAGUGCUCAGCAGCCCAUUUCACUUUAACUGUGUUAACACUGUAUGUCUGUUCUUGUGGGUGAAUGAAGACAGCAGUCUUGUUUUUUUGGUGAACUGUCCCUUUAAAUGUAUAAAUCUCACCUGAGGGCUUCACUAGAGGGAGCUCUAGAAUUAUUUUAAAUCUGUCCGCAGUUCAGUAUGUUAAAACAUCGGCGUUUGCUUCUUUGAGGAUGGAAAUACACACAAACAGAUUCAUCUCUGUCAGCGUAAGCAUCUCUAAUCACACUGAAGCAUUGUGUGUUUUAUCUGUACAAACAGACUGUUUGAUGAAAGAUAGCUUUAACAUCAUAACACACCUGAAUUAAAGCCGACAGAGAGUGAGAGAUAGAAUCUACUCAAGAGGAUCAGAAAGAGAGAGAGAGGGCAGUGAACGCUCUGGAGCUCAGCCAGUGACUCUCAGAGACUAAAGAAAAACACACAAGGUAACACAAAUUAAUGUCACGGUCUGUUAAAGAAACAGUUCACCCAAAAAUGAAAAUUCUGUUUUCAUUUACAGUCAUGAUGUUGCAAAAGUCUCUCACUCUUUAUAGGAACACAAAAACACAUGUUAAACACACACUCCUUCAGUUAUGCAGUGUCCAGUAGAGCAGACAGCUUAGACACACACACAACCAUCACACACACACUCACAGCAGUCACUUGUGCACACAGACACUCUUCUAACACACACACGUUUUGAUGCGUUUAAAGACUGCAGUACAGAUUUAAAUGCAAGCACACAUGUACACUCAAACACACACAUAAUACACAUGCACAUAAUGCACACACAAACAAACAAACACUCACACAUAAUACACACAACUUUUUUUUAAUUUAAAGACUCCAGUACACAUGAAAAUCCAAGUAUACUCAAACACACACAUACACAUAAUACACACACAUACGCACACUAUUCACCCACACACUCAAACACAAAAACACACAAACACACUCACACAUACAAUACAAACACACACUUAAAAUUCACAAAAGCACAAACACAUAAUACACACAAACAGACACACAUAAUUUGCACAAACACACUCACACACACAACACACAAUACAAACACACACAAACACACUGUCUGUUCAUGCAGCUGUGAGGCCCUGAGCAGCUCUCGAUCUCUCUUUCUCUCGCUCGCCCGCCCUCCCUCCCUCUCUCGCUCACUCAUGGGCAGUGUGUGUGUGUGUGUGUGUGUGUGUUUCUGUGUGAGACGGAGCAGCGCAGAGCUGCUGCCGGGAGUCUCCGGCUGGCUUUGGGAAUGUGCGGAGCGGUGUGGAUUUAACUCGUUCUGGUGCGGAUUACACGUGGAAUACUGCAGGAUUGUGGCGGUGAAGUGGAGGAUGAGCUUCCCUCAGCGUGCGUGGAUUACAGAAGGAACCUGAGAACACCAGCGGCUCUCUUCUGAUCCGAGGUGUCUGCCCUUGCGCUGGGUUUCUAUCCCUGGAAUCACGAUUGGCUCUGAGAGUUACGGGACCAUGAACUCCGGAGUGUCAGUAAGCGCUAAAGGAGAGAAGGCAGCCGAGGGACAGGAGCUGCAUCUGGCUGCUCUGGCGUCUCUGAAGGGUGAUGUUGUGGAACUGAAUCAGCGACUGCUGCAGAGCGCGAGAGAGAGAGACACGCUGGAGAAGAGACUGGCUGAAGCACAGUGUGAGCAGUCGCAUCUGCUGCAGGAGCACGAGGAUGUGCAGGAGAGGACGACUCUACGCUACGAGGAGCGAAUCACAGAGCUGCACAGCAUCAUCGCAGAACUCAACAAGAAGAUCGACCUGCUGCAGGGGACCACCAUCAGGGAAGAAGAUGAACUUUCUGAAAUCCGCUCUGAGCUCAGUCAGAGUCAACAGGAGGUCAAUGAGGAUGAGCAGAGCAUCGAUCAGGACCCGGACCAGGCGUCCAUCUCACUGCCUGAAAACCAGUCCAUCCUGGUGACCGCAGACAUGGAUAACUGCAGUGAUCUGAACUCAGAGCUCCAGCGGGUUCUCACGGGGUUGGAGAGCGUCUUGUGCGGCCGUAAGAAGAGCACAUGCAGUCUGUCUGUGGCAGAAGUGGACAGACACAUCGAACAGCUCACGACCGCCAGCGAACACUGUGAUCUGGCCAUUAAGACGGUGGAGGAGAUCGAGGGAGCUCUGGGUCGGGAUUUCUAUCCCAGUCUGUGCGAGGAGCGUCUGCUCUGGGAGAAAGAGCUCGCUGGACUCCGGGAGGAAAAUGAGAGUUUGACGGCGAUGCUGUGCAGUAAAGAAGAAGACCUGAACCGAACCAAAGCCACCAUGAACGCCAUCAGAGAGGAGCGAGACCGCCUGCGCAGACGGGUCCGUGAGCUACAGACGCGUCUCCAGAGCAUACAGCCGGGGGGUCCGUCCAGUCCUGGCCGCCUGACGCCGGCAGGUCGACCCGUGAACCCCAGCACGGGAGAACUCAGCACCAGCAGCAGCAGUAAUGACAUCCCUGUUGCCAAGGUGGCAGAGCGGGUAAAGCUGUCUAAGACACGAUCAGAAUCAUCAUCAGUCGAGAGAUCAGUCCUGGGCUCUGAGAUCAGCAGUAUUGGGGUGUCCAGUAAUGUGGCCGAGCAUCUGGCUCAUUCUCUCCAGGACUGCUCAAAUAUUCAAGAGAUCUUCCAGACGCUGUACUCGCACGGCUCGGCCAUAUCUGAGAGCAAGAUCAGAGAGUUUGAGGUGGAGACGGAACGACUCAACAGUCGCAUCGAGCACUUGAAGUCUCAGAACGAUCUGUUGACCAUCACGCUGGAGGAGUGUAAGAGUAACGCAGAGAGGAUGAGUAUGCUGGUGGGCAAAUACGAGUCUAAUGCCACAGCGCUCCGUCUGGCACUGCAGUACAGUGAACAGUGUAUUGAGGCCUAUGAGCUGCUCCUGGUGCUGGCGGAGAGUGAACAGGGACUGGUCCUGGGUCAGUUCAGAGCUGCUGGAGUCAGUGCUGUCGGAGAACAGGUGGGUGAGGAGAGCAUCACACACAUCUUGAAGAAAGCUCACGACAGCAGAAAAACGGCAGAAAACGCAGCCAAAGACCUGCUGAUCAGACUGGACGGCAGCUGCGGAGCGGGGUUUGCGGUGGCUGGAUGUAGCGUUCAGCCGUGGGAGAGUCUGUCAUCUAACAGCCACACCAGCACCACCAGCUCCACGGCCAGCAGCUGUGACACAGAUUUCUCUAAAGAAGACGAGCAGAGGUUGAAGGAUUACAUCCGUCAGCUGAAGAACGACCGCGCCGCUGUCAAACUGACCAUGCUGGAGCUGGAGAGCGUUCACAUCGACCCGCUGAGCUGUGACGUGAAACCUCGCGGUGACUCUCAGAGACUGGACCUGGAGAACGCUGUACUGAUGCAGGAGCUCAUGGCCAUGAAGGAGGAGAUGGCGGAGCUGAAAGCACAGCUGUAUCUCUUGGAGAAAGAGAAGAAAGCUCUUGAGCUGAAGUUGAGCACGCGUGAGGCUCAGGAACAGGCGUACCUGGUUCACAUCGAACAUCUGAAGUCAGAGGUGGAGGAACAUCAGGAACAGAGACGCAGAUCGCUCGGCUCCACCGGCAGCAAAGACAAGAGCAGAGACUCAGGUGAUUCUCCUGCGAUCAGUCUGUCUGAUAUUAGAUCUCUGAGUGACAGUGACCUCGCCGCUGAGCUCACCAGCGCUCUCAGGAGAGAGAAGAAGUUAAAGUCUCGUGUGCAGGAGCUGGUCGCUGCUCUAGAAAGACUCACAAAGAGCAGUGAAGUCAGACAUCAGCAGUCUGCAGAGUUUGUCAAUGACCUGAAGAGAGCAAACAGUAAUCUGGUGGCGGCGUAUGAGAAAGCAAAGAAGAAACAUCAGAAUAAACUGAAGAAGUUGGAGUCUCAGAUGAUGGCGAUGGUGGAGAGACACGAGACGCAGGUGAGGAUGCUGAAACAACGCAUCGCUCUUCUGGAGGAGGAGACGUCUCGACCGCACACCAAUGAGACAUCGCUCUGAUACACAACAGCUCCGGAUCAUAACACAUCUUGACUACAAACCCAAAGAGACCAAACAAACAUGUGGAGAGCACAGCCGAUGAGACGUCUGUGAUAACCAGUCGCAUCGGUGCAUAAUGGCGCUCUGACAUCACACAACAAUCAGCGCACAUACACGCACGCACUGGACGUCUGUCGUGAGCCGUGAGUCAUGUGACAGCUGUCAGUCAAGCUUUGGAAUGAAAAAUACUGUAUCGCCGAUAAUGAAAAUGACUUUUUCAACUUAAAUAUAUAUAUAUAAUGAAAGGACAUUAUUUGUGUAUUAUAUGACAGUAUUGGGCUUCAUUCUUCUUCCACGCGGUCCAGUCCAGUUCAUCAGAACCCUCCAGACACAUUCACACCAGAGUUGAGCCUCAAAAAUGAGCUGUACUGAAGCUCUUCUGUUUAAAGUCACAUCACUCAACACAUCACUAUACGCUGAUAAUACUCACCAAUAUUUACGACUAAACCCACACAGAUGUUUAUGUUGAAGUGCCUGAACAAACUCUUCUUUUCAUGUUUAACAGAUGACAGUAAGUCAAGCUGUGUCGGAGCGAUAGAAAGUUAAUAAUGACGUGAGUUUCAUUACAUUUCGCUUCCUUUGAGACGGCGGCUGUUUUCAUCGCUCAUCGGUUUCCACGAGUGCGACAAUAUUAACAGAGACGCUCACGGACGUAUCGAUCUCCACGAGGCUUCAUAUUAUUCUACGGCCUGUCCUCAGAGCCAGUGACACGUUUCAUAUCAACAUUCACAUCAUGUUCACCUGUGAGAUGAACUGCACAAUAAUGUCAAAAACAUGCGUUUCAUCCAAAAAAAAUAGCUUUUUUAAGACCGAUAUGAUGAGUUUGCAUUAGACUUAAUCUACACUGCAAAAAUGUUUCUUUCAAAAAAAAUCUUGCAUCAAGUUACAUUUACUUUAGAAGCAAAAUGACCGACGAUAAAAUGUUUUGCUUUAUGAAAUAUAAACCUGAAUAAAGUUUGACCUCUUUACACUUUAAAAACUAUUGUGUUGAAAACUGCAUCUAGUGAAGAAGCACUAAACCUUGUGCAGUCCCUUUUAUUUUGUUUUAUUACACGGCUCAUUUGAAUGCUUGAUUCUGAUUGGCCAGUCGCAACAUUUCAAGGGUUGUUAUUUUCAAAUAACAACCGCUCAAAACUAUUAACACACUGUAAUAGUGAUUUGCAGGGUGCUGCAAAUCACUUUGAGAGGGGCAGUUUAAUAUCACACAAAAUUGAAUUAAAAAAAUAUAUUUUAAUAACAUAUAUGACAUUAUAUUUACAAAUGAUUGAUCCAAUGUGCCUGUUCGUGACGUUAGAACGUCGUUUCUUACUUUAAAACCGAAACUAAACAGCUUUUCCUUGUGGAAGGUCUGCAUUCGAUAAAAAUGAAGAAAUAAAAAUAUUUAAAAUUCACAUCUUAUGUCCAGUUUUUUUCUUAUGUAAGUAACCGUGUAAUAAGCGGAAUAAUGUACAAGCAGCCGGCUGUUAUCGUGAUAUAACCCCCUUCAGUGUGAUCAGGGCCCGACGAGAAGCAAUCAUUAUCAUUUCUGCAAUAACAACCGGCUGCCUGUACAUUAUCCCUUACGUAACAAACUCAACACAAAAUGACCCUUAAUGUGUACAAGUUCCAGAACACAAAAAUGUGUUUGACACAAAAAGUGCCGCGCAAACUAAUGUAUUUGGGAGAGUGAAGUUCUCAGUUCAAGUUUUUCGGCAGAUAUUUCUCGUUUUACACAUAAUCUUGAUUUCGAUCAUAUUUUAGGUCAUCUUGCUUCUAAAUGUAUCUUGAUUUAAGAAUGUUUAGAUAUUUGGACUGUAAAUGCUAAGUUAGAAAUGAAUUGUUUUUGCAGUGUACCUUAUAUCAUGCUUUCAUACAGGCUCAUAAAAGUAAUGUUUGUGUUUUCUAUUUCUGAAGUUAAGGAGAAUUUAUGCUAAUGUUUGAUUCGUUGUCAUGAAGGAGUUACAAUGCAAAUCAUUUUGGCCUAAAACAGGACUCAUUUACUAGACUGAAGUCUGUGUUCUGUUCUGUUGAGUUCGUGAGAGCAUGUUGGGAUGUCCCUCAAUCUGGAGAGAGAUGUUUCAGUGAAGUGAUUGAUAAACAGCGUCACAGAGCUGAACCUGUGCUGGUGUUGUCAUGUCAUCACUCUUUUCAUAAUCGUGAUUGUUUGGAAGACCAAAGCAAGAGUUCAAGUUCAAGUGAGUUCAACUUUGACAUUAGAAGAAUGGCACAAAGUAUCACGGUCAGAACAAAUUCAUCCCAUAUAUGAGUGUCUUCAGACAUUGAGAUGCAACUAUAAAAGCAGUGUGAUCUUAACAUGGACGUUACAUUUGCUUUCAUGCGCAUAUCCAAACAAUAUCACGAGGAUCUCAUCGCAUUAAACACAUACACAGGUUUCACACAGGUCUGAUUUCCUCCUUCAGACACAUUUUAAAAACACAACCGCUUCCGACUGGACUACAAAAGCACUUUUCCACAGUGUGAUGGAGUGGAUCACCACAUUGCCUUCGAAGGACUUGAGUUUUCAUCUUCCUGCAAAAUAUCAAUGCAACUUCAACGGCUGCUGUUUUAUUCCUGCAUUUCUGUGUUUGUUUGUUUUUUGUAAGAUGCUGCAAUGCACAACAGUUUACACGCUUUUGUUCCAAAGGUUUUCACCCCAAAUUGUGUUUCCAUGUAGAUUGCUGCUACGCAGAUGUUCAUUCACAUUUCUCAGAGGCAAAUCUUUAAAGCAAUAGAGAUGUUUAAUUGGUCACUGGGUUGGGCUUCAUGUACUCAUCAUCUGCCCGCCCACAGACAUUGUUUAUGUGAACGAGCAUUUAUUAACAAUCUAUUCAGUUUGACUUGUGUUGAGAGGUUCAGAGGUCAAGCGUGUCCUCGUGAGAAUGAUGAACUCAUUUACAUGCGUUUCUGUAAAAGCAGGAUGCAGUUUUUCCUCUCACUGAGUUACAAGAGACUAUUUCAUAAGAACUGAAGAUGCUUGCGCUUUCUUUUAUGAAAAAUAUAAGCAUGUCCAUCUCAAAGCGUGGGCUGGAGAAACUAUAACGGGGUUUGUGAGUUUGCACAGAUCUGUUUUUCAAUCAAAUCUUUGCAGUCGUUCUUGUUUUAUUUUAAUACAAAAUGUAUUUGUUUUAUAUAAUAAAAUUGUGAAUCAUG